AUGCCAGGCUGUGCGAUAUUCGAGAGAGUGUUCUGGACUUUUGGUCCAUCAAUUGAAGGUUUUCAACAUUGUAGACCAGUGAUUAGUAUAGAUGGAACUUUCCUAUAUGGUAAGUACAUAGGUACGUUACUGAUUGCAUCAGCGUGGGAUGGUGACAACAAACUUUUUCCACUUGCCUAUGCCAUUGUGGAGAAGGAAACUGAUGAUAGCUGGUAUUGGUUUUUGCAUUGUAUUCAGAUUAAUGUCACUAAUCGGGAAGGGUUUUGUGUCAUAUUUGAUCGUCAUCCUGGUAUAAUGGUAGUGAUACGGACUAUAUGUCAGUCAACACGUUGGUAUCAUCGUUUUUGCCUUCGCCAUAUGGCUAGCAAUUUCAAUCAACAAAUUGAGAAUAAAAACUUGAAGGCUAUAGUAAUGUGGGCAAGCAUGGAGAAUCAGUUACGAAAGUAUCAAAUCACCAGGGAUAGAAUUACUCAAUUAAGUGCAGAUGUUGAACUUACAUACUAUCGUUGUGUCGCCUACUUUGUCGAUCGGUAUACUAAGGCAUGUGCAGAGGUUACUGCCGGUGACUGCAUUACGGCCUAUGCAAAGAAUAAAUUCAAUAAAUGGGAAAAAAAGGCACCAAAGCAUUCAGUUCCUAUGUUCAGUCAUGAAGAUGGUCUGUUUGAAGUCAGAACACCAAUAAACCCUAACUCUGCAUAUAGGGGUAAUCAUCGUCAUGAGGUUUAUAAGAUUUCGUGCUCACAUGUCAUUGCCGUGUGUAAAUAUCAAGGCAUCUCUGCAAUGCGAUAUAUCGACCGCUGCUAUCAUUUGGAAGAACAAGUUGCUUGUUAUGCACCUAGAUUUCGCAUGGUUCCAGACAGUGUACAUUGGAGUGAGCCUAAUUUCCCGGUCUUGUAUCCUAAUGUCAAGCUACGCCGUGAAAAAGGUCGACCAAGAAUAACUCGGUUUCGAAAUGAAAUGGACGAAGGGGCAGAGCAUCAACCAAGGCCAUUGUGUAGUUUCUGUAGGCAAGAAAGCCAUAAUAGAAGUACAUGCCCCACUCGAACUGUGGCUGGCUCCACUAGUGGCUAA